AUGGCCAUUAGAAAAUCAAACAAGCUUCCCCAGACAGCAGUCCUCAAGCAAAUCCUCAAGAGGUGUUCGAGUUUAGGAAAGAAAAAUGGGUAUGACGAUGAUGGUCUCCCACUUGAUGUCCCAAAAGGCCAUUUUGCAGUUUACGUUGGGGAAAACAGAACAAGAUACAUUGUCCCCAUCUCAUUCUUGACUCACCCGGAGUUCCAAUCCCUCCUUCGACAAGCUGAAGAAGAAUAUGGCUUCGUUCACGAUAUGGGUCUCACUAUUCCUUGUCAAGAAGUUGUUUUCCGCUCUCUAACUUCCAUGCUUAGAUGA